CCUCUGCUAAUCUGUGGGAUUAAACUCUUUAAUACUUUGUGUGUCUGUCUGUCUCUUGCCCUGUCUGUCACUAAGCAUGUCUCUCUCUCUUUCUCCCCCCCUUGUCCCCUUACUCACUGCUGUUUAUCUGUCUCUUGCUGACAUUCCUAUAUAUAAACCUCUGGUCCUGGGACACAUGUAUCAUCUUAUAUUAAGCACACGGUUAGUGUGAUGGAUUCCGACAACGAAUUGGAGGAUCUCUGCUCACGUGUCAUUUUCCAGCUUCACAAAAUCUGUGACGAUCUGAAAUUACUGACUGAAAAAUAUAUGCAGGUUCAUGGAUUUGACUUCCUGUUGCUGACUGAUAUCUCUGAAGACAGUGCAUCCACAAAUGCAGUUACGUGGUUGGGGAUGACCACGGCUGAAAGGCUUAAACAUAACAUCACUGCAUACCUUGCGCUGGAGAAAAAGCUGGAGAGAGUAGUCGGGGAGCAGGCACAGUUACUGUCACCAAGAGAAACUGAUUUGCAUGGGAAUCUCCAUUCUAUGCUGCAACAGGUAUCAGCAUUGAGGGGACAAUUGGAGCAAAUGGGAACAAUACUGGGAUCAAGCGAAGAGAGUACAACAGACACCGAUGAAGUGGAGGGAGCAGAUGGCAGAGUGUUUGAAGUGAAGUUGAGGGGAUACAAGGUUCUAACGGAGCUGAACGUGUGGGUAGUAAGAAGUGUGAAAGAUGUACGCAAAAUUCGGAGAGAGCGCACAGUGAAGAAAGAAGAAAUGGUUAAAGAGGGAGAAUGAUGCGUCAAGGGGUGUAAGGGAAAAAAAAACAGGAAAUGAUUGGUUAACGAAUAAGUGGGUACAAUGGAGAGAGUUAAUGGAAAUUGACUGUAACUCAUGAACAGAGAUAACGUAAAUGUAGCUUUUAAAGUAAAGAGCAUACUUAACUUCUAAGUAAAACCAUAGGCACAUGCAGCUGCAAACACAUAGAUGAUUUUUGGUAUGGAGCUUUUUUGGUUUUAAUAACAUGCUACCUUGAUGUGCAAUUCAGCAAUAAAAAAAUGAGUGCUCCUGGCUCAUUUUUUUUAAAGGGAUAUUAAACAGUGCUCCUUUAGUAAAAACAAAUUUGUUAAAGUAAAAGAACAGAAUGUGUAAAAAACAGCAAACAACGAACUUGUUUUCUUGCAAAAUGAGCACUUAGAAAUUGUCAGUGUAGCCACUGCCCUCAGAAAAAUAAGAGAGCUUACGUUGUGGCAACUUAGGUUGCAUUCUGCCUCUUCUGAGUAUGGGCAAAUUUGACUCCUUGUUUAUCUAGUAUUCAGUUAAUAGUAAACCAGCUCAUGUUAGUCUAAAAGUUAUAUGACAUCAAGCUAGAUAAGCCUUUCUGUAGAGGCCCCAGCCUUCUUUUUGGGAUGUGUUAGGUAGUAUUGGACACUGCACAAAAGAAGUUUUAAAAAAUAAAUAAAAGGUAAAAUCCUAAAAUGAUGAGUAAUACAUAUUACAAUGAUUUCUAUUAAAUAUAAGCCACUGCUUAGUGUUUUCUAUAUUGCAGCAAUGAAACAGACUGUUUCACAUCCCUUUAACUUGAAAGGAAAAUAAAAUAUGCCAUCAUAGAUUGUCCAGUUAGAAACUCAAAUCAGAUGAUGCUCCACUAAAGAGACACACUGCUCAUAAUCGAGGUAGAGGCCAGAAAGGGAGUUGAUUUCUUAUUUGUAUUAAUCAGUUGCUACUAUUAAUGUACUAGUAUAAAAUGAUUGCUAUAUUUACAACUAAUUUAUAUACAGGUAGCCCUCAGUUUACGCCGGGGUUAGGUUCCAGAAGGAAUGGUUGUAAAUCGAAACCGUUGUAAAUUGAAACCCAGUUUAUAAUGUAAGUCAAUGGGAAGUGAGGGAGAUAGGUUCCAGGCCCCUCUCAAAAUUGUCAUAAGUAACACCUAAUACAUUAUUUUAAAAGCUUUGAAAUGAAGACAGCAUUAUAAACCUAAUAAAAUAAUCACACAACACAGAAUAUAUCAUUAAACUAAGUUAAAUGAACAAAAACAUUUGCUAAACAGCAUUAUAAACCUAAUAAAAUAAUCACACAACACAGACUUCACUUGCAUUUCUCUGCAAACAGUUAUUUCUAUGCAUUCCAAUCUGGACUGAGUUAUAGACAGGAAGAUCUUGUUCCUUUGAAAUCUGCUCUAUAGCUCAGGUCUGGUUAAACUGAUUAAUUUCAGCUUGCUUGGCUUUACUGCAACACAAGCGGACAGCUCUACCUACUGGCUAUUUUAAUAAAUGCACUGCUUCUCAAUGCUUUUCAAUAGCAGUCACAUGACUGGAAAAAAAAGGUUGUUAUUCUGAAACGGUGUAAAUUGAACCGUUGUAAAACGAGGGCCACCUGUAUUUGUAGUCAUUGCUUGCAUGUGCCAGUUUAUCUCAUGUCACCUACAGUUUUUAUUUCACUGCUGGCACAGAGAUAUUAAAGGGACAAAAAAAACCCCAUUUUUUUUUCUUUCUUGAUUUAGAAUGUGCAUGCAAUUUUAUACAACUUUCCAUUCUCUUGAUAUCCUUUGUUGGAAAGCAUAUCCAAAUAGGCUCAGUAGGUGCUGAUUGGUGGCUGCACAUAGACGCCGUGUGUGAUUGGCUCACCUAUGUGCAUUGCUUUUUCUUCAAUAAAGAAUAUCUGAAGAAUGAAACAAAUUAAAUAAUAGAAGUAAAUUGGAAUGUUGUUUGAAAUUGUAUUUUCUGUCUGAAUCAUGACAUCAUUUUUUUGGGUUUCAUGUCCCACAUCAUGAUACCUUUCCAUCUUGUUAAUCAGGAGCUAAUCAAUUAUUUUAUUUUAUUGCGCAUCUUCACGAUAAUGUGGGCUGUCUAACUAUUAUAGCAAAUUGACUUUGUAGAAUUAGCUAGUAAUUUGGUUUUGGUGUAUUAGCAUAUUUACUGCAGGAGUCGACAAAUUUAUCUUAAAUCUAGGAGCCAGCAAGAAUAUGAAGGAAACAGGCAAAUAUAUUUUUUUAAGGAGCCAUAUAAGGUUGUUUCUAUACAUAGUUAUUAUUAAAAUAGAUUUUUCAAGCCCUGAAUCUAAGCCAGCACCUUUUAUUUAUUAUUUUUUUAUUUUAUGAAACAAAUCUUUGAAUUUGCUAUUAUGCUUUUUAAAGAGCGAGUUUUACAAACCAAAUGUUUAUUUCUUUCAUGAAAAACCACUUGAAAUGUACUUAAAUUAUCUGUGUAUAAAUAAAUAAAUAACCAAAGAGUAA